AUGAUCUUGGACUCUAAACUCACUUUUGCAUCUCAUAUUAAACACUUAAGAAAAACCUGUGGACUAAAAUUAAAUUUACUUAAAGUUUUGACAAACUCUUCUUGGGGUGCAGAUACAGGUGCUAUGCUCAAAAUUUACAAAUGUAUCAUUCGAUCUAAACUUGACUAUGGUUGCGUUGUCUCUGGAUCAACCAGAAAAUCUGGUCCUAAAUAUCUUGACACUAUCCAUAAUUCCGGCAUACGCAUAGCAACAGGAGCAUUUCGCACAUCGCCCAUAAAAAGUCUAAACGUUCUAUAUCAUGAACCAACUCUUGCUCAGCGGCGGAAUAAGUUAACAUUGAGAUACUAUUUUCAUAUCAAAAGCCAUCAUACACAUCCCAUGUUUUCUCAUGUUUCAACUCCAUUUUAUGAAAGAUUGUUUAGCAACAGACCCUCUGCAAUACCGACUUUUGGGUUGAGAGUAAGAAAGCUUUUAUCUGACCUAAACCUGGAGGAUUUUAGUAUUUUACCUGCAUAUGAAUUAAGACCACCAUGGGAAGCCAUUUCCUUCCAAACUAUUGAUAUUUUUAACAAUUUGACAAAAGCACAAACUGAUGCUAACAUUUACCUACAAACUUUUAAUGCACACCGAGAACAAUAUACAGAUUUUAAUUCCAUUUUUACAGAUGGCUCUAAAAGCCAUGACCAUGUUGCAAGCGCUGCUGUUAUCCCUAUCUCUACAAUAUCUGAAAAAUUACAUUCGCAAUGCUCCGUAUUUACAUCUGAAUGCCAUGCAAUUUAUCUGGCCCUCCAAUAUAUUUCCUCUCAAAGUAUUAAAAAAUGGUUAAUAUACUCUGAUUCAAAAAGUUGCUUCGUUGCCUUACAAAAUAAAGAAAUAAAUUCGCAUUCCAUUGUAAAUAAUAUUUUAAACUUAUACACCACUUUACUCCUGAAAGAAUAUGAAAUAAUCUUCUGUCUGGUACCAGGCCAUGCUGGCAUUUCAGGUAAUGAAACAGCAGAUUACGUAGCUAAGUCAACUAACAAUAUAACAAACAACCCACUUACUUACACAGAUAUCAAAAAUGCGAUUGACAAUAAACAGUAUUUACACUGGCAAAAUGAUUGGGAAAAUGAAAUAAGUAAUAAAUUACACGACAUUAAACCUUCUAUAGAAUCUUAUAAAAGUCUAAACUUAAGUCGAAAGCAGGAAGUAAUAUUAAAUCGCUUGCGCAUCGGUCACUCUCGAAUAACUCAUUAACAUCUUCUAUUAAACGAACCUGCACCCGAAUGUUCUCAUUGUAGGGAACCGCUCACUACU